AGUGUGUCACAGGAUGAAAGACUUGAUUGAGGGCCGAUGCUAUUAACACUGCUGUGUAUUUCCUUUUUUUUUUCCUGAGCCCAUUUUUCACCUGUCUUCAUAUUUUUGUUUCUAUAACAGAAACAUUACAGCUUCUUGGUAGCUUUAACAGGAAAGGAAAGGAGCAUUAGAAUCCCAUGUACCAUUACCACUUGUAGCUAUUUUAUGCCUACAUUAACAGACUGCUUCUUUUAUAAUAAAUCUUUCAUUUUUCCUGUAUUGUGGCAUUUAGAUUGGUUCCAGUAUUUGCUCUCACAUCUCUGUAUAUGAAAUUUUAGCACUUUAGGAUAAACUCCUUACUUUUUUGGAAGCAGAAUUAUUCAUUUAAAAGGUAUAAGCUUUUUGUCUUUUUAAAAUGUUAAUGUCUUUUAACUGUAAAGCACUGGGCUACGGAUGUGGCUCAGUGGUAGAACAUUUGCCUAAUCUAUCUCAGCCCUGGGUUUAGUUCCCAGCACUGCUCUGCAAAAAAAAAAAAAAAAAAAAAAAACCAGUUAAAGAUUCUGCCUUGAUGUGGCUUAUGUCAGUGCAGUGACAGCAGAGAGCCUUUAAGAACCCCUGGAACUGGCCUUGCUGCUGCUGCUUUUAGGAAGGGAGUCCUGGGGCUACGUGGUGGCCUCAUGGAGACCCCUCACUCAGAUACCUCUGGAGGGGUGGCAGGGUCGGAGCCCAGGGUGCACUUCCGAGUGACAAGGUUCAUCAUGGAGGCAGGUGUCAAGCUAGCUAUGCGCUCCAUUCCCAUCGCCACUGCCUGCACCAUCUACCAUAAGUUCUUUCGCGAGAUCAGCCUGGAGGCUUAUGACCCAUACCUCGUCGCCAUGUCAUCCAUUUACUUGGCGGGCAAGGUGGAGGAGCAGCACCUGCGAAUCAGAGACAUCAUCAAUGUAUCCAACAGCUACUUCCACCCAGGCAGCGAGCCCUUGGAGCUGGACUCGCGCUUCUGGGAGCUCCGGGAUAGUGUUGUGCAGUGUGAGCUCCUUGUGCUGAGGGCCCUGCGCUUCCAGGUCUCCUUCCAGCACCCGCACAAGUACCUGCUCCACUAUCUGAUGGCCCUCAAACACUGGCUGAAUCGAUACAGCUGGCAGCGGACUCCUGUUGCCAUCGUGGCCUGGGCCUUGCUGCGGGACAGCUACCACGGGGGGCUGUGCCUUCGCUUCCAGCCUCAGCACCUGGCCGUGGCUGUGCUCUACCUGGCCCUACAGGUCUAUGGAGUAGAAGUCCCUGCUGAGGAGGAGGCCGAGAAGCCAUGGUGGCAGGUGUUUAGUGAAGACCUUACCAAGCCAAUCAUUGAUAACAUUGUGUCUGAUCUCAUUCAGAUUUAUGCCAUGGACACAGAGAUCCCCUAAACCUCUAGCUUUGGCCUGCCCAAAGAAAAGUCCAUGAUGGUUGUUUGCCUGGAAAUAGUGCCAUCACUUUGCUGCCAUGCCUAGUGCCCUGAGGACCAGCGAGGAGGACUGGUUAUGCUGGUGAAGGUGAUGACACACUGUUGCUUUGACUGUCCCUAGCAGCAUGGUCCAGACAUUGUGAGGAGCUGUGCCUCCUCUGUGCAAGGAGCUCACAAUGUGCUGCUGUCUGAGGUGGCAGCAUUCCCUUUGUUCUUUGAGAAGACUGACUGCAACCAAGAUGUGAGCUCACUGACUGGAGAGUCAAAGAACAGAUGGGACUUCAUCCCUAGGGAUCUUCUUAAAGCCAGAUUUAUAAUAAGUGUGAAUAUGCAACACAGAUGCAAUUUUGUUUGUGUAAUUAAAAAAUGGUACAAAUCAAAAAUA